UCCAAUUGUAAAUUGAAUUAGAUGACCUUCUAAAUCCUUCCCAAUGCAAAGAUUCUGUUUAAUUUGUAUAUCAUCAGUCUAUUGGAAUCAUCUAAUGGUUAAAAAUGCAUUCUAUGCCAAUAACUGGAAACAAAAAGAGAAAUAUUACACAUCUAGUAUUAAAACAUAGUGGCUGACCCCUACCAUAUUAUCUCUGCUUGUCAUACACACACACAAAUCAGGUGCCUGACUCAGCUGCUUGGCUUAUCCAACUAUUUGCAGGAUGAUGGGUUGCUAUGAUCACCACGUGGACAUCAAUUGUUUCUUUGUUGUUUACUCCAGUGAUUGCUCCAAGAUACACAGUGGAACUGGCCUGUGGUUUUGGAGUCACAGUCCUGCUAGUGGUGAUUCUCAUUGUUGUUUACCAUGUUUACUGGCUGGAGAUGGUCCUAUUUUACCGAGCUCAUUUUGGAACAGAUGAAACCAUUUUAGAUGGGAAGGAAUAUGAUAUUUAUGUAUCCUAUGCAAGGAAUGCUGAAGAAGAAGAAUUUGUAUUGCUGACCCUCCGUGGAGUUUUGGAGAAUGAAUUUGGAUAUAAGCUGUGCAUCUUUGACAGAGACAGUCUGCCUGGGGGAAAUACGGUGGAAGCAGUCUUUGACUUCAUUCAGAGGAGCCGAAGGAUGAUUGUUGUCCUGAGCCCAGACUAUGUCACAGAAAAGAGCAUCAGCAUGCUGGAAUUUAAACUGGGUGUCAUGUGCCAGAACUCCAUUGCCACCAAGCUCAUUGUGGUUGAGUAUCGUCCCCUUGAGCAUCCACACCCAGGCAUCCUACAGCUGAAGGAGUCUGUGUCUUUUGUGAGCUGGAAAGGAGAAAAAUCCAAACAUUCUGGCUCUAAAUUCUGGAAGGCAUUGCGGUUAGCUCUUCCCCUGAGAAGUCUGAGUUCCAGCUCUGGCUGGAAUGAGAGCUGUUCUUCUCAGUCUGACAUCAGUCUGGACCAUGUUCAAAGGCGGAGAAGUCGUUUGAAAGAGCCCCCAGAACUCCAGAGCUCAGGGAGGGCUGCAGGUGCUGCUCCUGCUUCAGGCACAAUGUCUAAACACAGAGGAAAACCUUCUGCAGCCUGUCGCUGCUGUGUCACCUACUGUGAAGGAGAGAGUCAACUUAGGAGCAAGAGCCGGGCAGAGAUCCACACACAGCCACAAUGGGAGACACACCUCUGUAAGCCUGCUCCCCAAGAGUCAGAAACUCAAUGGAUACAAAAUGGAGACAAAAGACCUGAAGAACCUGCGUCCAGAAUUAUUGCCUCUAAUGGCCUCAGAAGAGCACACUCUUCUUGGCCCCUAGAAGGCUCUGAUUUUCUCCAGCCAAGGAGGACUACGAAUCAUCCCUUUAACAAGGUUUUUACAGGCAAUAGAUGAAAAUGUAGGGCAUGUGUAGCCCUUGGAAUUGCUUCAGCACAAGGAGACAGUUGGAUAAAGAGUGCUUAAUAGAGUGCAUUUUUAAUAUAUGGAACAUCAAACACUGAAUUCUGGAACCUGGUAGAAUUAUAAUCAUCAUAUGUGUUACUCAGAAUCAGAUAAGCUAUCUUAUACUAACAAAGAACCCCAAUAUUUCAGUAGCUACAUAUAACAAAACAUUUGUUUUUAUGCUACAUGUCCAGCAUAUGGGGAUUACUUUUCUGUAGCUUUGCCAUCUGAAAUGUGUGGCUUCCUGCUAUUCUUUGCUUCAGCCUAAAUAUUACACUUAUUAGUCUCACUUGCAAUUAAUUCAUUGCCCAAAACCAUCUAUGAGUACUAAUCUAGUCGUAGAGAAAGCUGGAAAAUGCAGCUUUCCUAUGCUGCUAGGAAGAGAAAAUUGAACUAGAACUUGGAAUACACAGUAUUGUCUUUUUCUAAGAAUAAUAUAUUAAGAUUGCCUGAAGUGGCAAGAGACAUUCAAACAGAGAUAUGUCACAUAUUCUAUAUAAUAAAUAGGUAAUAUGCAAAUUGACCAUCACUCCAACACACAAGAUGGC